UCAUUAUCUGAGACAACAUAUCAAGUGAGCAGCAGUACAAAGGAUGCAUGUGAUUUCGAAAUGCCACAAUUGAGCCAACUGCAGUUGCACGCGUACGUAGUAUAGAGGCAUGAUCAGAAAAAGAAUAUAGGGAGCACAGGGCUUCGUCUGCAUCAAAAGAUACUCUCCCCAUCUUCUAUAGCAUUAAGUUUUGCGAAGGUAAGUUUCUCCCCGCUUGAAAGCGCCCCCAGGGACAAGAAUUCAUCUUGACCAAGCCUAAGGCCGUGGCAUGCAAGGUGUUGAGUCACCGGGUACAGCGGUCGUGCGACAUAAAUAUUAUUUGAUGACGAAUGUACUCGGGGCCCAGGUGCCAAGGUAAACCACUGGCAAAGAUGACCGUGGUUAAGGCAGUAGAAAAUAGGGUCGACACUGAGACGCGGUUCCAGCCCUAGAGGGAUUGCAUUUUACAAUUCAGGCAAACUUCGAGUCUCCUCAUGUGACAUGUGUGCACUCCUGGAUGGUUUUAAUUAUGAGAAACGUGGUUUGCAGCAGAAGUCCUUCCAGUCGAUAGAUCGGAAUCUCUCUCGCUCCCACCCAUUCUUAACCUCAGGCUUCCUGCAUCCCGGAGUCCUCCCGGCAGCCCCUUCCCUCCCCCGCCCGGGGGAUGCUCCGGUUCGGCGCUUAGCCAUUCAUCAACCGGUUCACACCGGCGGCGGCCGCCGCGGAGUGACGUCCGCGGGGGGCGGGUCUCCGCCCCCGCCUGUGGUCUCCCGGCCCGUGGUUCCAGGCCGCGAUUGGUGGCUGGAGGGUUGCACGUCGCACCGGUUAUAAAGGGGAGGGCUUGUGACGCAAGGGCGCCUCGGCGCGUGUAUUGGCUCCUUCGGCUGCGGGCCGGCUCGGCUACGCGCUCUGCUCCGAGCCGCUCACUGCAUGGUAGAGUCUGGUGCCCCCGCCGCCGCCUGCAUCGCCGCCACCGCCGCUCCGCCACGACCACCGCCGCCUCCUGCCCUGCAGCCGCCACCACCGCCUGUGUCGCCGCCGUCUCGGGACCGGCUGUAUGAUUAGGCCACAAUCUUCAAUGAGUAAACAUAUUCCUCAAUUCUGUGGUGUUCUUGGUCACACAUUUAUGGAGUUUCUGAAGGGCAGUGGAGAUUACUGCCAGGCACAGCACGACCUCUAUGCAGACAAGUGAACUGUAGAAACUGAUUACUACUCCACCAAGAAGCCCCCAUAAGAGUGGUUAUCCUGGACAUAGAAGUGUUGAAUUGAAAUCCACAGAGCAUUUUACAAGAGUUCUGACCUGGAUGGGGUAAACCUCAGUGCACUUCUUUUCUGUUGGCCUCAGUAUUACUGGAUUGAAGAAUUGCUGCUUCUUGUUAGGAGGUUCAUUUCAUUUAUCAUUACUUACAACUUCAUACUCAAGCACUGAGAAUUUCAAGUGGAGUAUAUUGAAGUAGACUUCAGUUUCUUUGCAUCAUUUCUGUAUUCGAUUUUUUUUUUAAUUAUUUCAUAACCCUAUUGAGUGUUUUUUAACUAAAUUAACAUGGCUCGAAUGAACCGCCCAGCUCCUGUGGAAGUCACAUACAAGAACAUGAGAUUUCUUAUUACACACAAUCCAACCAAUGCGACCUUAAACAAAUUUAUAGAGGAACUUAAGAAGUAUGGAGUUACCACAAUAGUAAGAGUGUGUGAAGCAACUUACGACACUACUCUUGUGGAGAAAGAAGGUAUCCAUGUUCUUGAUUGGCCUUUUGAUGAUGGCGCACCACCAUCCAACCAGAUUGUUGAUGACUGGUUAAGUCUUGUAAAAAUUAAGUUUCGUGAAGAACCUGGUUGUUGUAUUGCUGUUCAUUGCGUUGCAGGCCUUGGGAGAGCUCCAGUGCUUGUUGCCCUAGCAUUAAUUGAAGGUGGAAUGAAAUACGAAGAUGCAGUACAAUUCAUAAGACAAAAGCGGCGUGGAGCUUUUAACAGCAAGCAACUUUUGUAUUUGGAGAAGUAUCGUCCUAAAAUGCGGCUGCGUUUCAAAGAUUCCAACGGUCAUAGAAACAACUGUUGCAUUCAAUAAAAUUGGGGUGCCUAAUGCUAUUGGAAGUGGAACUUGAGAUAGGGUCUAAUUUGUUAUACGUAUUAGCCAACAUGUUGGCAUAGUAAGUCUAAUGAAGCUUCCAUAGGAGUAUUGAAAGGCAGUUUUACCAGGCCACAAGCUAGACAGAUUUGGCAACCUCUGUAUUUGGGUUACAGUCAACCUAUUUGGAUACUUGGCAAAAGAUUCUUGCUGUCAGCGUAUAAAAUGUGCUUGUCAUUUGUAUCAAUUGACCUUUCCCAAAAUCAUGGAGUAUUGAGUUAUGACUUAUUUAAAUCUAUUCCCAUGCCAGAAUCUUAUCAAUACAUAAGACAUUUAGGAAGAUUAGGUGCCAAAAUACCCAGCACAAUACUUGUAUAUUUUUAGUACCAUACAGAACUAAAAUCCCAGGAACUAUGAACACUCUAGACCUUAUGUGGUUUAUUCCUUCACUCAUUUCAAACAUUGAAAGUAGGGCCUACAUGGUUAUUUGCCUGCUCACUUUAUGUUUACAUCUCCCACAUUCAUACCGGUAUACAUCAGGUUUGCUUAACCAUUGAUUUUUUUUUUUUUUUACCAAGUCUUACAGUGAUUAUUUAAUAUGUUUCUAUAAAUCUCACUUUGUGCUGUUAUUAAAAAAACCUCCAUUUUGAAAAUCUACAUUGUACAGAAGCACAUGUCUUUAAUGUCUUCAGACAAAAAAGCCUUACAUUAAUUUAAUGUUUGCACUCUGAGGUGCAACUUAACAGGGAGGGCCUGAGAAAAGAAUGGGAGGGGGCUAUUAAUUAUUUUUAGCAAAAUGUUGCCUUUGUCUUGUGCAGAACAUGUAGAAUAUGCUCUUUAAUUUAGUAAAAUAUUUUUUUAAAAGGUAGAGAUGCUUUGUUAUUGUAAUCAUAAACUUCCUGAAAUUCUUGUAAUUUUUUUUCCAUACUUAUCAGAAGCGUGUUUACCAACUUAUUUUUGUUUGACAGUGUGAUUUUUUUUUUUUCCUUCCCAACCUCUCUUGCAAAAAAAGAAAUGGGUUUCUGCUAAUGAAUUGAGCAGACAUCUAAUAUUUUAUAUGCCUUUUGAGCUGUGUAACUUAAUAUUUGGAUACUUGAUAAUUUGUUUUAUUAUGUAAUUGAUAAAAUGGUGAUGUGUAUUAAUGUUAGUUCAACCAUAUAUUUAUACUGUCUGGGGAUGUGUGGUUAUAGUUCUGUGGGAGAAAUAAUUUUGUCAGUGUUCACCAGCUUGUAAAAACUUAGUGCGAGAGCUGAAACAUCUAAAUAAAUAAUGACAUGCAUUUAUCAUCAUUGAGAUUGUUUUGCUUAAAAUUAACUUAUUUUGUAGAAAACAAAUGAAUUGCACUUCACUUAAUGUGUGUCCUCAUCUUUUUACAAAUAAAUGAAGGAUUAUAAAUGAUGUCAGCAUUUUAGUAAGCUUUUAGACAAAAUUUGUUAGGGUCAUUCAUGAAAACUGUUUUAAUACUAAAAGCACUUUCCAUUAUAUACUUUUUAAAGGUCUAGAUAAUUUGGAACCAAUUUAUUAUUGUGUACUGAGGAGAAAUAAUGUAUAGUAGAGGAGGACAGCCUUGGUUUCUAAAGCUCAGUUCUACUAGUUCCAUGGUUUUGUGCAACUUCUGAGCCUCAGUUUUCUCCUUUGCAAAUUAAUAAUUACAUACCUUUAUAGAUUUUGAAAUUAAUUUAAAUGUUAGUAUUUGGCUUACUGUUAAGUUUCCUUUAAUGAUCCAAAACAAUCCCUUUGAUAGUUCAUGUUAAUCUAAAUCUAGAUGUCUUUGUCUAAUUUUUUUUGAAUAGCAGUUAUAAAUGUAAAGGACUCCAAGUUUAAGUAAAAAGUGAUACUCUACCUUGUGUUUCAAAGAAUUUAGUUCCACCUCUUCAUACCAGUUUAACACUUAAUAUAUUCCAUUGAAUUUUAGACAGGCAAAAGGAAGAACAGGGGCCUCUGGAGGCCCUUAGUUAUUUAAAUCUUGGAUUAUUUGUGAUAAUAAUCACAAAUUUUUGGCUGUUUAACCUGAGCUUUUUUUUUUUUUAAAAGGAAAUACAGCCUAGUCUUGAUGAGAAAAUAAUUUUAUAUCAUCAAUUACUAAAUGUUAAACUAUUACCACACAGCCCAUAAAACAGCAUUUGCGUUUAUUGAGAGAGAGGAUGUGCCAUCAUGAUUAAUGAAAAAUAUCUUUUGAGUUUGAAAAGAAAUUAAUUUGCAGUGUUUGGAUUGUAUAUAUGGUGCUAAAAAUAAAUUAAUUUACUUUAUAAACCUUAUCUGUACAUUAUACGAUGUGAUGAAAUUUGCUUUUUAUCCAAAUAUUUUGUAUCUUGUAAAUAUGGCUAAUUAUAGGAAUGCCUAUAAUACAUCUUAGAUUCCUGAUAUCUAAUACGAGUUCAAAGAGUUAUGAGUUGAAGUCUUGAAUGCAAGAAACUAUCUGAUGGUGUUCUAAAAUUUGGUUAGUUGGGUUUGGAUGAGAUGGUGUAAAUAGAGACUAGUUGCCUAGGCUUAUCUAUGAAAACCAUAAUGUUGCUGAUGUAAGUAAUGCAGUUACUGAAUCAUAAGAAAAUGUCAUCUCUUUUUAGUUGAAGGAAAACUCUGGAAGUAGGUGCCAUUGGUCAUUCUGCAGUGCACUGCAACCAUUGUUUCCCCUAGUGCCCUCUUUUCCCUAGGGCAUUGCUCUCCUAUUCCCACGCCUUAACACAGCUCUAUACCUAGAAGCAGCCAGCCCAGGCAUGCAGUCACAUUUAAUCACAUCCUCUUUCUAGAGUGCUUCAAAAUGAUGUAGUCCCUCAACUUGGCUAGAGAAUCUCAAUCUCUUGAAAUCUAUUUUUUAAAUGUCAUAUUCAUCUGGUAAAUAUUUACUGUUUGCCAGGCAUUUAAGAGUAUGGCAAAGAACAUGAAAGAUGGUGUCACUAGAUUUUGGUCACCAAUGAGUACCCCACCCCUUGCCAUGAUUAAGAGAGAAUGCUUUCUAUUGGAGUUUCAAGAAAUAUAAUUUGAGAAUACUUUAAAGGGAAGUGGAAGUAUAAGUGAAUAUUUUUCUUUUACAUGUAAACAAUGAAGUUAAUUCAAAGUAAGUUUUAAAAUACAUGAAGUAGUGUCUGCCGUACAUGUUUAUAUUCUACAUUCUUGCUUCCUUAAAUUAAUGUUUGUGUGUAUAUAUGUGCCUCACACCUGAAUUGAAAAUUAAAGACUGGUUUAAAAGUGA